UUUGCAGAAUAUACUGACAAUCAGUUUCGCUUUCUUCUUCAACGACUCGAUUUCUUCUUCCUCUUCUCUCUCCUCAUCUCGCCCAGUCACACCCACCUUCCUUAAUCUCAAUCUUUCUCUCUUUUAUAUAUCCAUAUAUAUAUCACAUUCCAGAUUUACCCUCAUAAUUCCUGCUAUUAACGAUCUGCCCUCUGCCAUGUUCAUGCUCGUGAACUGUUCCAAGUGUCAGACGGCGCUGCAGCUCCCGCCGGGAGCCAGAUCGAUACGCUGCGCUUUAUGCCAAGCCAUCACAAAUAUCGCCGAUCCCCGUGCGGCUCCUCCGCCGCCACAACCGUCGUCCAUCUCCGCCGGCCCCCGCCCUCCUCAGCCGCCUGCUCCGUCUCCGUACAACCACGCGCCGCCAGGUCCGCCGCCGUCGGCUCACGGGAGGAAGAAGGCCGUGAUCUGCGGCGUAUCGUACAAGUACUCUAGGCAUGAGCUCAAAGGCUGUCUCAACGACGCCAAGUGCAUGAGACAUCUCCUUAUGAACAAGUUUCAGUUUCCAGACGCUUCGAUCCUUAUGCUUACUGAAGAAGAAACUGAUCCUUACAGAAUCCCAACUAAACAAAACAUGCGGAUGGCACUGUAUUGGCUUGUACAAGGCUGUCAACCAGGAGACUCCUUACUGUUUCACUAUUCUGGUCAUGGUUCACGGCAAAGGAACCAUAAUGGGGAUGAAGUUGAUGGAUAUGAUGAAACCUUAUGUCCCCUGGACUUUGAAACUCAGGGUAUGAUUGUUGAUGAUGAAAUCAAUGCAACAAUUGUCAGACCUCUUCCUCAGGGAGUUAAGCUCCAUGCAAUAAUAGAUGCUUGCCAUAGCGGCACUGUACUAGAUUUACCAUUCCUUUGCAGAAUGGGAAGGAAUGGGCAGUAUGUGUGGGAGGAUCAUCGUCCACGAUCAGGUGUAUGGAAAGGAACGAGUGGUGGGGAAGCCAUUUCCUUCAGUGGUUGCGAUGAUGAUCAAACCUCUGCUGAUACAUCUGCUCUGUCAAAGAUCACUUCAACAGGUGCCAUGACUUUCUGUUUCAUCCAAGCUAUCGAGCGUGGACAAGGUACUACAUAUGGUAGCGUAUUGAACUCCAUGCGUUCUGCCAUCCGAAAUGUAGGGGGGGGAGAUAACCUUGGUGGUGGUGUAGUGACAUCUCUUCUCACAAUGCUUCUGACAGGAGGCAGUGUCGGCGGCAGUGGGCUGAGACAGGAACCGCAAUUGACUGCCUGCCAGCCAUUCGACGUGUAUACAAAGCCAUUCUCUUUAUGAUUACACGAUGUGCUUUAAGAUUGUUCAUAUUUUAUACAGACUAGUGGAUGUAAUUUGGAAAAUAAUUUUUGUUAUUGUUUUCUCCAUGUGCUCUAGGAAAUAUAGUGGAUAUGAAUCAUGAAAUGUGGAUCGGUAAUUAUUUGUCUGAGAUGGGUUUUGUAAAUUGGAAAAAUAUUGCUAGUGAUUCAUUGUUGGAUUACAUCUACAACUCCUGUUGUAGAUUGCUAUUUGAAUUCUAUAAUUUGCAUUGUUUGCUAUAA